AUGGUGUCGACGCUAGAGUCGGGGCUCCUCAUCAUUAGUUGUGGAGCUGCUUCUUUUCUUUUUCUCCCAUCAAAGGCUUCUAGAAGCACGUUCAAACAUGUGAAGGUCUACCUGAGUACUUCCCCGUACGCAUACAGCAUCACAGCAGCAAAACACCACCGACUCGACAGGAAAACCAUGGCCUCUACCGCGCUCUUCUUCGUCUUCCUCGCCCUGGCCACUAUGCAGCCGCAGACCGCCUCGUCCGAGAAGGAGACGCACCUCAACGUGUACUGGCACGACGUGGUGAGCGGACCGGACCCGACGUCGGUGCCGGUGGCGCAAGCAGCGACGACCAACACCUCCAAGACAGGCUUCGGCAUGGUUGUGGUCAUCGACGACCCGCUCACCGAGGGAGCCAGCCUCAACUCGUCCGGGCUCAUGGGCCGUGCCCAGGGCACCUACAUCGCCGCCGGAAAGGACCAGCUGGCGCUGCUGAUGAACAUGAACUUCGUCUUCACCGCCGGCAAGUACAACGGCAGCAGCAUCGCCAUUAUGGGUCGCAACGCCGUGUUCACCAAGGUCCGUGAGAUGGCUGUCAUCGGCGGUACAGGUGUUUUCAGGUGGGCGCGUGGGUACGCGCAGGCCAGGACGCACACCUUCGACCUCAAGACGGGCGACGCCACAGUCGAGUACAACAUAUUCAUCAGGCACUAGUCCCGGCCGUUGUCAAAUUUUACCCAGAGUUAAAUACCAUGAAUAAGGAUUGUAUGCUCUUGCUGCUGUUUAACUUGGUUUCCCCCACAAAAAAAAGAAAAAAAAACUUGAUUUCAUCUCUAUC